AUGGACCGUGACCAUAAAACCCAGAUUCCACAUGCCGCCCGUGGUUCCAUUCCACGCCUGUCACGGCUUCCUAUGCCACGUGCGGUCGCCUCCGUCGACAACUUGAGGCUGAACGUCCGGACACCAGCAACUGCAACCAGUCACCAAGAUGACCUGCGCAAGACUUCGCAUCUCCCUCGUCCUGCGGGUCCCAAGGAUCCCCUCCGCGAGACAAUAAACUAUUCAAUCCGCUCGCGUUACGGAUGGAGCGACAAUGCCGCCAAAGAGAGAAGCAUAUCUCCUGUGAGAGACGCCCUGCGCGACGCACAAACUACCACCCUCGAGACCACGCCGCCGAGUUCCGAUUCCAGUCUCCCUGCCAUUGAGAAUGGCAAUGAAAACCCUGUCAUUGGGGAAAUGGUUGGUGGCGUACAAGAGCAUAAGGCCAAGCGAAGACCGCGACCUUCCUUAUCCGAGCGGACUAUUGAAACACUCUCGCAGGUUUCCCCAUGUCCUUCACCUCAAGCAAGGUCGGGUCUUUUUGCCAAUGAUGGCAAGAUGUUUCCACCAUUGCGUCCAGCGUCGAGUAUGAGGGAUUCUCGACCAACAAGCCCGGUAGUCUCGCGUUCAGAAUCGCCGUCGAGACCACCAUUCCGGCCCCCAGGGAGGUUGUCACCGACCAAAGACAUGGUGGCUCUGCCCCCAGUGAUGUCCUCUGAUGAUGUCUACACCCCGCCUAGAGCUUUCGUGAAAGGGCAGCGCUCAGGUAUCGCGAAGUCCCUUCGGUUACCAACAAAGUCUACUAGCAACGCUCUCCAACCACAGUCACAGGAUGCAACCGCCGACCUCCCAUUCAAAGGGGCGGCCCAGACGAUGAAAGCCAAACCCUACUAUGGCAAGAAAAAUUUUCCCUCUAAUAAUGCAACGGCGAAACCGUCACUAUCAUCCAUUUUUCAGGAUCCUGCGUCCGACAGAUCAUACGACAGCAGCCUUGCAGUGUCUACCACCGACAAGCGCCAUGUUCUUCCCAAGCCAGGCUUGGGAGGCCAGAAUGUAACAACCCCCGUAGUAUCCCCUUCGGCACGUGGAAAGUCGCGAAGGCCCCCCACGGCUUCCAAGCUGGAUCAGAAGCAUACCUCGGUGGCAGACUCCCGCACAGCAUCAGGCUCACCAAAUUCGUCGGCAGCCUUGCGGGAGGCAGUCGCCAAAGCCAAGGCCGCGAGAAGAAAGGGCAUGAGUGACGCUGUAUCCACACAUGCACAAUCUUCAGGUACUACUACCUUUGCAGCAGCAUACAGCGAGGCCGGAAUAGCGACAGCUGAUGACAACAAAGGUCGACUGAAAAGGCACAUUGAGCAAGCGGUGAGCAUUGGCCACUUGAACAUCGCGGGCUUGAAAUUGCCACGAGUACCUGCAGAAGUUAUGAAAAUGUACGAAUCGGACAGCAGCAGGAUCAAUUGGGCUGAGAUGGUGGAUCUGGUCAAACUGAACGCUGCGGAUAACGAAAUUGAGGAAUUAGAGGGUCACAUCUUCCCGGACUACACGGUCUCUGAUUUGGCCGACAAUGAUGAGAAGACUAAUAUAUUCGGCGGGCUCGAGCUCAUCGAUCUACGCAGGAAUAGCCUUCGUCAACUUCCUGUUGGCCUGCGACGGCUGGAAAGGCUGCAAAUCCUCGAGCUGACCAACAAUAGGCUCACAAACGAAGCCAUUGACAUUGCCUGUCAGAUUCCUCAGCUGAGGGAGCUCAUGAUCGGCGGAAAUCUCAUCAAUGGAUCGUUCAGUUUCAGCGGCGACCAUUUCGAACAGCUUCAGAUCCUUGAUCUGCACGACAACCAACUGGAGCGAUUUGAUGUAGAUGCAUUGUCUCAACUACGAGCUCUCAAGGUUCUUAAUGCUGCCGGCAACCAGCUGACGGAGCUCCCCUGGGAGACUCUAUCGACCUUGCCGCUCACAGAACUGAACGUGUCGAAGAAUUGUUUAUCUGGCACACUUUUCCGCAGGACCUCGUCUUUGCACACGUUGCGCCGGUUGGAUGUUUCUUACAACGACCUUGGGUUGGUUUUCGAAGGCGAGCUGGACCUUCCGGAUCUCCGUUCACUUUUGUUGGACGGCAACAGAAUAGCCGAGCUGCCAGACUUCACGAACUGCAGGCAAUUACAAACACUGGGAGCCGCCGAAAACCAGUUGGAGGACAUUCCCCCAACAUUUGUGUCCUUGGAGUCUCUGAAAAGUGCAGAUUUUGGGCACAAUAAUAUCCGACUCAUCAACCCCGAAGUGGCCAACAUGAAAAAUCUCUCGAGUCUCAACCUGGCGGGCAACCCUAUCCGGGAAAAGAAGUAUCUUAAAAUGAGCGCAACGGAGCUCAAGAUGGAUCUGGAGAAGAGACUGACUACGCCCCAGGUUGGGACACAGCCCCGGGGCCCAGAGAGUCACCAAGGACCCGAUGACAAUCAUGGCUACCACUAUAAACCAUCCAAUGGGAUCCUGGACUUGUCCUCACGGGGUCUGGCGACGAUCUCCCCUGAAGAGAUCGAUCUGAAUGACUCAGAUGUGGCAAUACAUACCGUGAAGCUCUCUAACAAUGAGCUGUCCGGAUUUCCCUCCACACUUCUUUCUCACCCGGCCUUAAAAUACUCCGUGCGGUCGCUGGAUCUCAGCCACAACCCUCUUUUCCAUCCGACCGACUAUCUCAGCUCUGAGCUUUUCCUUCCGAACCUCAAAUCUUUGUAUAUCGUGAGCACUGGCCUCACCUCGCUCGAUGCGCUGACAACGCAUCUGAAAGCGCCAGCCUUGACAGAGUUGAAUAUCUCGUGCCACCGACUAAGCGGCAGAGUGCCCUGGGUACGUGCGUGGUGGCCUAGUUGCCACACAUUGCUUGCAACGGACAACUGGUUCACCACUGUUGAGGUCGAAGGAGUACGAGGCCUGCAGGUUCUGGACAUUCGAAACAACGAAAUUGACAGCCUCCCACCAAAGAUCGGAUUGUUUGGAAAUCACCCUGGUGCCCCCAAAGCACCCGACAGACUAAGAGUGCUGGAAGUCAGCGGCAACAAGUUCCGUGUCCCGAGACUAGCAGUCCUUGAAAAAGGGACCGAAGCAGUGCUCCAGGAUUUAAGAAGGAUGGUGCCCGAACAAGAGAUGCCCGAGGAAUGGAAAGACGCUGUCUAA